AACAAUGCUCCGAGGCGCCCGGCGGGGCGGCUGGCGGCUCGGCGACCGACGGCGAGGCCGGGGGAGCGCGGCCCCGAGACUCAGCCUCUCGCUGGUAGUGCGGUCAUCCUCAGGUCGGGCAGCUCUCUGACAGGCCCAGUGUUCUGCUGUCCCGGGAAGCCGCCCUGCGACCCGCAUCUGCCUCCCAGGAGACCACGCCCGAGAGCCGAGCGCAAGAUGAGCCAGCGCGCCGUGGGCUCAAGAUGCACCGGACCGUCCGACUGAGCCCCGAGAGCCCGAAGAUGUCUGCGUGCGGUGACUUUGUGGAACACAUCUGGAAGCCCGGGUCCUGCAAGAACUGCUUCUGCUUGAGGAGUGACCACCAGCUGGCGCCCGGCCACCUGCCCCCUCCGCCUCGCCUGCCCCCCAGGCCCGACAACUGCCGCCUGGAAGAUGAAGGCGUGAACGGCUCGCCCUACUCCAAGCCCACCAUCGCCGUGAAGCCCACCAUGAUGAGCCCCGACACCUCCGAUGUGUGGACAGAGGCGAACCUGGGUGCCGACGUCUCGCAGGUUUUUAAAGUUUUUUCAUCGAUCGUUUAAAAUGCAUACACGAGUAGCAAUGAUUGCGUAACAAAUGCUCUGUGUCCACGGCCCG